AUGUGUGUCAUUUUUGUCUUUGUCGAGAUGGAAUGGAACGAAACACUGAUGCUCAGUCUUGGUGGCUAUGUAGAGAUAGAAAAGUAUAGAUAUGUUUAUAUGAUGUUUUUCAUGGCACUCUAUGUUCUCAUUCUCUGCUCUAAUUGUGUCAUAAUUUGUGUUAUUUGGAUUCACAGGAACCUUCAUGAGCCCAUGUAUGUUUUCAUUGCCGCUUUGUCGCUCAACUCGCUUAUGUUCAGCACUGCUAUCUAUCCCAAAUUUAUUGCGGACGUCUUGUCUCAGCAGCAGAGAGUUUCUUAUUCUGUUUGUUUGGUCCAGAUUUUUUUUUUUUACAGUUCAGCUGGUUCUGACUUAAUGUUGUUGUCAGUCAUGGCUUACGACAGGUAUGUGUGCAUCUGCAAGCCACUGCAACAUGCAAAUACCAUGAGCAAGACCACUCUCAGGUUUUUUUUGACUUUGGCCUGGUUCUUGCCCGCCUUCCACGUGUCAGUGGCAGUUAUCAUUCAGUCCAAACAGAAAAUAUGUAACUUUACUUUGGGGGGAAUUUUUUGCAAUACUACAAUGGUUAAGAUUCAUUGUACGACUCCAAUGUCCCUCAGUGUGUGGAUGUUAAUUACUUUAAUAAACACGAGUCUCAUUCCGAUGUUGUUCAUUCUCUUCACGUACAUAAAAAUAUUUACUGUCAUCUAUCAUAGCCACGGAGAAGUCCGGAAAAAAGCAGUAGAUACGUGUUUGCCUCACUUGAUUGUUUUAUUGACCUUUUCCUGUUUGCUUGUCUUUGAUGUUUUGAUAGGGCUACUGGGGGCGGUGCUUCCAAAAACUGUGCGUCUGACUAUGAGUCUACAAAUGGUGGUGUACAAUCCUCUGUUUAAUCCAAUCAUUUAUGGCUUGAAGAUGAAAGAAAUCUGGAAACACAUCAAGAGAUUGUUGCUGUUGUGUUGCAAUCAUGAUGAAUUUAUCAAACAUCAGGUGGAUUGA